AGACCGGACAAUAAUUCCAACCGGACCACAACAUCUCCGGGAGAGUUGACGUGGACGAUCUGUGUUUGAACGAUGUCAGACAAUAAAGUGGAAAAUCCAGCUGACAGCGCUGCUGUUUUACAGAGUUCAAAUGCUCCUCCUCAGCCCAACAACCCGCUGUCGAGAAAACUCAACAAAAUCCUGGAGACCAGACUUGACAAUGACAAGGAGAUGCUGGAGGCUCUGAAGGCGCUGUCGGUGUUCUUCACCGAGAACAGUUUAAGAACCAGGAGAAAUCUCAGAGGUGACAUAGAGAGAAGAAGUCUCGCCAUCAAUGAAGAGUUUGCACAGAUAUUUAAAGAAGUCAAAGAGGAGCUGGAAAGUGUCCAUGAAGAUGUCCAAGCUAUGAGCACAUGUUGUGAAGAAAUGACCAACAGACUGAAGGCUGCAAAAGAGCAAACUCAAGACCUCAUUGUGAAAACCAACAAGCUGCAGGGAGAAAACCAGCGUCUGGAGGUGAGAGCUCAGGUUGCUCAGGCCUUCCUCGCCAAGUUCCAGCUUUCUAAUGAGGAGAUGGCCACGCUCCGAGGAGCUCGGGAUGCGCCCAUUACUGAGGAUUUCUUCAAAGCGCUCGGCCGGGUGAAGCACAUCCACGAAGACGUAAAAAUCCUCCUGCGAACCAACCAGCAAACUGCAGGGUUAGAGAUCAUGGAGCAGAUGGCAGUGUUACAGGAGACAUCAUAUGAGCAGCUCUACCGCUGGGCUCAGAAUGAAUGCAGAGGGCUGACUCAGGAGGCGUGCGAUAUCAGCCCCGUGUUGACCAAAGCCAUGGAGGCCUUACAGGAUCGACCCGUCCUUUACAAGUACACACUGGACGAGUUCGGAACGGCACGCAGGUGCGCUGUGGUCCGAGGCUUCAUCGACGCCCUGACCCGAGGCGGGCCGGGAGGAACUCCCCGCCCCAUCGAGAUGCAUUCACACGACCCCAUGAGAUAUGUCGGGGACAUGCUGGCCUGGCUGCACCAAGCCACCGCCUCGGAGAAGGAGCACCUCGAAGCUCUGCUGAAACAAGUCACCCUGCAAGGUGUGGAGGACAACAUGCAGGAGGUGGUUGGACACAUCACAGAAGGCGUCUGCAGGCCUCUGAAAGUUCGGAUUGAGCAGGUCAUCGUCGCGGAGCCGGGCGCUGUGCUGCUUUACAAGCUGUCCAACCUGCUCAAGUUUUACCACCACACCAUCAGCUCCAUCAUUGGAACCAGCGUGGCGUCGUUGCUCAUCACUAUCGAGGAAAUGCACCUCCUCAGCAAGAAGAUGUUCUUCAACAGCCUGAGCCUUCACGCCAGCAGACUCAUGGACAAGGUGGAGCUCCCGCCUGCCGACCUGGGUCCCACCGCCUCGCUCACCCAGACCCUCGCCCUCCUCCGGGAGGUGCUGGCUUCACACGACUCCUCCGUUGUUCCCCUGGAUGCCCGGCAGGCAGACUUUGCCCAGGUGCUUUCUUGCAUCUUGGAUCCCCUUCUCCAGUUGUGCACAGUGUCGGCCAGUAACCUGGGCACGGCCGACAUGGCCACCUACAUGGUGAACUCUCUGUAUGUCAUGAAAACCACCUUGGCUCUGUUCGAAUUCACCGACAAGAGGCUGGAGAUGCUGGAGUUCCAGAUCGAGGCUCACCUUGACACGCUGAUCAACGAGCAGGCCUCCUACGUGCUGACCAGAGCCGGACUGAGCUACAUUUACAACUGUGUCCAGCAGCACAGCGCCGAGCAGGGUCCUUUGUCACUCCUCCCCAGCAUGGACAACUCCUCCGUGAAGGCGGCGAUGGUCCAGUUCGAUCGAUACCUGUCGUCUCCCGACACGCUCGUGAUGCCGCAGCUCAACUUCCUGCUGAGCGCAGCCAUCAAGGAGCAGAUUUUCCGUCAGUCCACAGAGCUGGUGUGCAGAGCCUACCGAGAGGUUCACACCGCCCUGACCAGCCCGGCCAACGCCUACAAGGAUCUGGAGAACCUGAUACCCAGAUCCCCCCAGCAGGUCCAGACCCUGCUGUCCUGAGAGACGGCAGGUGAGCCGUGCAGCCCCUGCUCACAGGUGUAUAUAGAAAGUAAGUGUGACGGUGGGAAAUAGGGGGCAUGAGGAGGGAGACAUGUCUGCGCAUACAGGAGCUCCUGUUUGUGCGCCAGCAGCAAAGAACACUAUAUGUAUAUAAUACAUGUGCUCCGGUUGCUACAAGCACUCAUUUAUUUUUCUCUCUCUGUGUGAAACAAUACGUCUCAUUCUUUCUGCUUGUUUUCAUGUCAUGUUCCCUUCUGGGUUGUACAAUUGUAGAAAACAAAGUCUUUUUUUCUUUUUUUUUUGUAAUUGGAAAUGUUGAAAAUGAUAUAAAACAAAAAGGAA